AUGUGGCGGCUCACCAAGCUAACCCCCUACACUGUAGACUGGCAGCCCAUCUGGGUGCAAGCUUGGCUCAUGUCCCGGCAGCUCCACUUCGCAGCCAGCUCUGCUUACGCCCUGGGGAAGCAGCAGGGAGUGGCCCAGGUCCGCGGUCCCCGCACCCACAUGAGACCCCCAGCAGCAGCGGGGGCUCCAGGAGGCCGCGAGCCUGGGCUGCCCACGGGCGGCGCCCACCCAGUGCCCGCGGGGUCCACCCAGUGCCCACGGGCGGCGCCCACCCAGUGCCCACGGGCGGCGCCCACCCAGUGCCCACGGGCGGCGCCCACCCAGUGCCCACGGGCGGCGCCCACCCAGUGCCCACGGGGCCCACCCAGUGCCCACGGGCGGCGCCCACCCAGUGCCCGCGGGGCCCACCCAGUGCCCACGGGGCCCACCCAGUGCCCACGGGCGGAGCCCACCCAGUGCCCGCGGGGCCCACCCAGUGCCCCGCGAGCUCGCCAACCGCCGCCCGCGCCAGGCCGGGCCACCCUGACCACAGGCCGGGCUGCCGUUCACCUCAGCCGCGGCCCGGCCUCGCCCCGCGCCUCCCCCACGACCCCGGCCUCGCCCCGCGCCUCCCCCACGACCCCGGCCUCGCCCCGCGCCUCCCCACGACCCCGGCCUCGCCCCGCGCCUCCCCCACUCACGACCCCGGCCUCGCCCCGCGCCUCCCCCACUCACGACCCCGGCCUCGCCCCGCGCCUCCCCCACUCACGACCCCGGCCUCGCCCCGCGCCUCCCCCACUCACGACCCCGGCCUCGCCCCGCGCCUCCCCCACGCACGACCCCGGCCUCGCCCCGCGCCUCCCCACGACCCCGGCCCUCCGCGAAUACCUGUGA